UCAAACAUUUUUGUUGACUUUUUGUUGGGACUAAAUCUACGGUGUCUACUACACUCACGCUUUCUUUUCUUCCUCGUCUUCAGCACCUCGAAUACUCUGAACCUCUAUCAUCUGCAGAGAGAUUGAAUCGGAUCAAAAGUUGGAGUAAUCGUGAUUAGGUUAAUCGAAAAUGGUGUUCAAGAACAAGCUCUUCUUCUCCUCGAAGAAAUCCGGAUCGUCGAGCCCCGAUAGCUCCAACAGCCCCAGAUCCGUCGGCUCCAACUCUCCCAUACGAUCCGACAAGAAGAAGCCCAAAUCCGCCUCCAACGACGAAGAGAUUAAAGACGGAUCGAAGAAGAGCAAGGGAAAGCAACUUCCAUCUCCCCACUCUAUCGGCAAAUCGAACUUGUCUCCUAGCUCCGAAGGACCUGCUUUCGUUUCUCCGAUCAUGGCUUCCUCUCUGGGCUUGAACCGGAUCAAGACGAGAUCCGGACCUUUGCCGCGGGAAAGUGUUUUCAAUUUUCGGAACGAUGGAGAAACUCCGCCUCUGUUAAGUACCAGCAAACUCUCGAAGGUGGUUACUGAUGGUGGCGGCAGUAAAAAGAAGGAAGCUGGGAGUACCAAGCUAGGGUUUGAGGAGAACAAGGAUCGUGAUGGCUUGUCUCCUGAUACUGGCCCAAUGAGGAGCCUCAGCCCUAAGUUGCCGCCGGCAUCAGGAUCUCGAUUGCAUAAUGUAGCAUCCUCAUCCGGAACUGGUCGCUCUGUGGCGUCUGGACGCUCUGGUCCUCUAAGAAAUUCAGACUUCUGCACCCCGGAGAAUUCGUAUGAAUUGGAAAAUCCAAAAGAGUCAGAAUCACCGCGUUAUCAAGCCUUACUUCGUAUGACUAGUGCUCCGCGGAAGAGGUUUCCUGGUGACAUUAAAAGCUUUUCUCAUGAACUGAACUCGAAAGGUGUACGUCCAUUUCCAUUGUGGAAGCCUCGGAGGUCGAACAAUGUGGAGGAGAUAUUGGUUCUGAUUCGGGCAAAGUUUGAUAAAGCAAAGGAAGAAGUAAACUCUGACCUUGCGGUAUUUGCUGCGGACCUGGUGGGAGUUCUUGAGAAAAAUGCAGAAAGUCAUCCUGAAUGGGAGGAAACGUUUGAAGACUUGUUAAUAUUGGCUCGCAGUUGUGCUAUGACUUCUCCUGGAGAUUUCUGGCUUCAGUGUGAAGGUAUAGUUCAGGACUUAGAUGAUAGACGUCAAGAGCUCCCUCCGGGAGUUCUCAAGCAGCUUCAUACUCGGAUGCUUUUUAUACUUACCAGAUGUACGAGAUUGCUUCAGUUUCAUAAGGAAAGUUGGGGAGAAGAGGAACAAGCUGUACAACUACGUCAGUCGAGAGUUUUGCAUUCGUUAGAAAAACUACCUCCUACUGGAGCGGGAAGGAGUUCAAGUGCUGCAAAAAUCUUAAAGAUACCAUCAUCCACCAAGAAAGCUUUUAGUCAGGAACAGCGUGGUUUGGAGUGGAAGGAGGACGCUGUUGUACGCUCAGUUCCUCCUAUCUCCCUUCCCGAAAAUUAUGUUCUUAAGGAAUCUGAAUCUCCUGCAAACAUCGAUAGAAUGUCUUCCUGGAAGAAACUUCCAUCUCCAGCACUGAAAACUAUGAAAGAAGCGCCAGCAUCAGAAGAGCAGAAUGAUAUCAAACUUGAACCUCCAAAUAUGGUUAGAAAUCGACAACCUAGUGAUGAUACUGGUGUUUCUGUUCUAAACUGCCCGCCAGCAAAAGAUUCUCAUGAACAGUCGCCCAAGCAUCGUCACAAUAUUUCUUGGGGUUACUGGGGGGAACAGCCACUUAUCUCGGAGGAAAGUUCAAUAAUGUGCCGUAUCUGUGAGGAGGAAGUUCCCACUACCCAUGUUGAAGAUCACUCCAGAAUUUGUACAUUAGCUGAUAAAUAUGACCAGAAAGGACUGAGUGUUGAUGAGCGGCUGAUGGCAAUUGCUGGAACUCUUGACAAGAUAGCAGAGACCUUCAGGUAUAAGGAUAGCCUAGCAGCUGCUGAAAGCCCAGAUGCCAUGAAAGUAUCCAAUUCAAAUUUGACUGAAGAAUGUAAUGUUCUCUCGCCAAGGUUGAGUGAUUGGUCACGGAGAGGGUCAGAAGACAUGCUUGACUGUCUCCCAGAGACUGAUAAUUCAGUUUUUAUGGAUGAUAUGAGAGGUCUACCCUUAAUGUCUUGUAAAACCCGUUUUGGUUCCAAGUCUGAUCUAGGAGGCAUGGCAACUUCAUCUGCCAGCAGCAUGACUCCUAGAUCCCCGAUUCCAACCCCCAGACCUGAUCCAAUUGAAAUGAUUCUAGGAGGCAAGGGUACAUUCCAUGAUCACGAUGACAUUCCACAGAUGAGUGAACUCGCUGACAUUGCAAAAUGUGCAGCAGAUGCUAUUCCUGGUGAUGAGCAAUCAAUUCCCUUUUUACUUUCUUGUCUUGAAGAUCUGAGGGUGGUCAUAGACCGCAGUAAGUUUGAAGCACUUACAGUAGAAACGUUUGGAACUCGCAUAGAAAAGUUGAUCCGGGAGAAAUAUUUGCAGAUCUGUGAGCUUAUGGAUGAUGAAAAAGUUGACCUAUCAAGCACUGUAAUUGAUGAAGAUGCUCCUUUAGAAGAUGAUGUUGCUCGAAACGUGCAUCCACGGGAUCGCACAUCCAUAGAUGAUUUUGAGAUCAUAAAACCAAUAAGUCGGGGAGCUUUUGGGAGAGUGUUUUUGGCUAAAAAGAGAACGACAGGAGAUCUAUUUGCAAUCAAGGUUUUGAAAAAGGCAGAUAUGAUCCGCAAGAAUGCUGUUGAAAGUAUACUUGCCGAACGUGACAUUUUGAUUAAUGUCCGCAAUCCCUUUGUGGUUCGUUUCUUCUAUUCUUUCACAGAUCGUGACAAUCUGUAUCUGGUGAUGGAGUAUUUGAAUGGAGGGGAUCUGUAUUCGUUGUUGAGAAAUUUAGGUUGCUUAGAGGAAGAUAUCGUCCGUGUAUAUAUUGCCGAAGUUGUUCUUGCUUUGGAAUAUUUGCAUUCUGAGGGUGUUGUUCACCGUGAUGUGAAGCCUGAUAAUUUGUUGAUUGCGCAUGAUGGUCAUAUUAAGUUGACAGAUUUUGGACUGUCAAAAGUUGGUCUAAUCAACAGCACUGAUGAUCUAUCUGGUCCUGGGACAUCUCUGCUUGAUGAGGAGGAAUCACGAUUACCGACGUCCGAGCAUCAGCUUGAAAGGCGCAAGAAACGGUCUGCUGUGGGUACUCCUGACUACUUGGCGCCAGAAAUCCUUUUAGGGACAGGACAUGGUGCAACUGCGGAUUGGUGGUCUGUUGGCAUUAUUCUGUUUGAACUCAUUGUGGGAAUUCCACCCUUUAAUGCAGAACAUCCUCAGCAAAUAUUUGACAAUAUUCUCAAUCGUAACAUACCAUGGCCUCAUGUCCCUGAAGAAAUGAGUGCUGAAGCACAUGAUAUUAUAGACCGAUUUUUAACAGAAGAUCCUCAUCUCAGACUUGGAGCUAGAGGGGCUGCUGAGGUCAAGCAGCACAGCUUCUUUAAAGACAUCAACUGGGAUACGUUAGCGAGGCAAAAGGCUGCAUUUGUUCCAGCUUCAGAGAGUGCAAUUGACACUAGUUACUUCAGAAGUCGCUACUCGUGGAACACAUCGGAUGAGCAAUUUUUCCCAUCCGGUGAGGUUGAAGACUAUAGUGAUGCUGAUAGCUUGAGUGGCAGCAGUGGUUGCUCUAGCAAUCGGCAUGAGGAAGGAGAGGUUGAAGAAAGCGACGGACAAGCAGAGUUUGAGUCUGGCGUACCUGUUGAUUACUCUUUCAGUAAUUUCUCGUUUAAGAACCUAUCGCAGUUGGCAUCAAUCAACUACGAUCUUCUAUCUAAAGGCUGGAAAGAUGAGCCACAACCAAACUCUCGUCAAAAGUGAUACUAAUACUUUAUUACAAGUUUUUCUUUAGCCAAGCCAAUGUUCAUGGAAAAUGAAAAUGAGAAUGCAAAAGUACAUAUAUAUUAUUAAAUCACAGAAACAUUUGAAAAUCAGUAUUAUUUUGAUGAAAAAUCAAGAGAUGCAACCAUU